AGUCUCGUCGCUUGUGGAUUGUCAAGUCUUUUGCUCGGCGUGAUCGAAGAUCUCUCGAAUACGCUUAACGUUUGCGCCUGCGCCAACAAUUAAAUAAGAGAAACAGUAUGGCGGAUGCUUCCGAUGUAGAGGAUCAGCUGCAACAGCUGAACAGCAGCAGCAAUGGCAAGCAGAGGGAGCGACCAACCCCUCAAAUUGUUGCUGGCUUGAAUAAUCCAUUGAAAACGAAGCCACUUGGCGAACAAUCCCGAGCUGUGCAUCGCCAGUCCCUCAUGGUGAUCCUGGCCAAUAUGGGAGUAUUAUCAACAGGAUUUUGCUUGGCCAUUCCCACAGUUGCGAUGCAUCAGCUAAAAGAUGUCACGGAGCCGGUGCAUUUGACUGACACACAAGCUACGUGGUUUGCAUCGAUCAACACACUAUCAUGCCCCUUGGGUGGUUUAUUAUCAGGUGUAUUGCUGGAUAAAAUUGGACGCAAGCGUACGCUCUAUGUGCUAAAUGUUUUGGGUAUUGCUUCAUGGGCUCUGCUUGCCACAGCGAGUGGAACAAGUUCGGAAUCCUUUAGUACGCAGUUGCUGGUCUCACGUUUUAUUAUUGGCAUCGUCAUGGGGUUGGCCAGCGCACCGUCAGGGGUUUAUGCCGCGGAAAUAAGUCUGCCCAAGCUCCGCGGUCGCCUCAUCCUCGGAACUUCCAUAUCUGUGGCAUUGGGUAUUACCAUACUGUAUAGCAUCGGCUACUUUAUAAGGGAUGACUUUCGAUUGAUUGCGCUGAUUUGUUGUGGCUAUCAGAUAACAGCACUUUUGUGUGUGAUUCCAUUGCCAGAGUCGCAUAGUUGGCUGCUGUCGAAGAAGCGUGUGGAGGAGGCUAAAAAGUCCCUCAACUAUUUCCGCGGACUUGACAAGUCGCCACAUAUCACACAUCCCGAGGUAUUGGAGGAGUUUAAUGUGCUGCAAAAAUCGCUGCAGCUGCGCGAAGGUGAAAAGAAGCCUUCGUUCACGAGAUGUUUGCGUUUGCCUGAGGUCUAUAAGCCACUGCUCAUAUUGAUGGGCCUCUUCGCCUUCCAGCAGCUCUCGGGCAUUUUUGUGGUCAUUGUCUAUGCCGUGCAAAUCUCAAUCGAGGCGGGUGUCUCCAUCGAUCCAUUCAUGUGUGCCGUUUUCAUUGGCGUUGCUCGAGUGGUGACAACCUGUCCCAUGGGCAUUGUACUGGAAAAAUGGGGACGUCGUCGUGCUGGCAUCAUCUCCACACUGGGCAUGUGCGUCUCCAUGUUGCUAUUGGCCUGCUACGGUUGGUUUGAGUUCAUCCGCAGCAUACCCUAUCUGCCGGUUAUUGCGCUUGUUGGCUUCAUCGUAUUGAGCACCCUUGGAUUGUAUACGUUGCCGUUCUUUAUGAUCUCGGAGUUGUUCCCGCAAAAGGUGCGAGGUCCGGCCUCAGGAUUAACUGUUGCCGUUGGCAUGUUUUUUGCCUUCUUGUGCAUCAAAACGUACCCGGGGAUCAAGAACCAAAUUGGCAUCUACAAUUCGUGUGUGUUCUUCAGCAUCAUGUCAUUUGCGGCCAUGAUUUUCAUUUACUGGACAUUGCCGGAGACUCGCCGUCGCACUCUCCUUGAAAUCGAAGAACAAUUCCGUACUGGAAAGUCGUGCAAGAAGCCAACCGAAGUGGAAAUGCAAAAUGUCCUGGUGCGUUGAGCGAUUUAGGGAAAAUGAGUAGAACAAAUUAUAAUAUGCUAGAAAUUAGUGCUGUGAUACGAGUAGAAAAUAUCUUAUAUAGUUUUCAUACUAUAAAUUGAAUAUAAACAAUUACGUUAAUAUCGUAAAUUACGCUACUCUUAUUUUCAUUUAUAUAUUUCCGAUUUUUAGCUAAACAAAUUGCAAUUUAAUUUAUUUAGAGCCAACUUCUAUUGACAUAUACAAAAAUA